CCGGGAGCCCCGCCUCUGUCGGUGGUGUGGAAACAACACGCAUGGUCCGUGGACAUGCAGGCAGACCUUGGAGACGCGGCGGGACUCGGCAUGGAAAACGUCCGUGCGUAAAAAAACAUGAUCAUUUCAAUGUCAGGACCGAAGCAACCGGAGCCCGACGGUGGAGGCGGUGACAGAGCCUGGCCGUGCAGCCUGAAGAUUCAGUGACAAACAAAAUGCCAAGGAAAUCAUUACAAACCUUCAGCCUUUAAAUCAUGGGAAAUGUCGAGAGCCAGAAUGGAGACCAUGCUCUCUAUGGUAAUGAACGUGGCUAUUUGUCACGUAAGCACAUGUCUCGUUCUCUUCGAAUCUCCAACAAGCAGUCAAGGCACCCUCGACAUGCUUCAUCAGGGAAAAUAGAGCACAGGAACUCUGAAACCAGUACGCGUUCAAGUAGCACCCCGAGUAUCCCUCAGUCUCUGGCUGACAAUGGACUGGAACCCUUCAAUGAGACAAAUAUCCUGCCAGACUUCGGAAGCCCCAUUUGGGUGGAUCGCGUGGCCAUGAACCUGCGGCCCAUGUCCUUUCACAAUGACCUGGCAAAUGCUUCGGUGCACAUGGAAAGAAUGCGAAUAACAAUACCUGGCCCCACUGCGGAGGAGGUGCAGGAUGAGGACAUGUACACAGGUGAGGUAAAGUAUCUCCAGAAACCACGAGAUGGCUCCAAAGAGACGGUCGGUUUCAAGAAGAAGCGGUCCAAGUCUGCAGAUAUGUGGCGGGAUGACAGCUUGGAGUUUUCCUUGUCAGACCUCAGCCAAGAGCAGCUGACCAGCACAGAGGAAAUCAUAGACGCCAACAACGAGAGGGACUUCACUGACUGCGAAGGCCAUCUGCAGUCCAGCCCCACAGACUCUACUGAUAGGGCCAACUCUCUGGACGAGCUGUAUAGCCAAAAGAACCCUCCCCGAAGGCAUACCCACAGCAGCUACUCCAAGUGGCAUGACGCCAACAGGGCUAUCAGAGAGGGCGAGGACGAUAAGAUGCUAUCCCCUUCAGAGGAGGAUGGGAACACCUACGGCGCCUACACCCUUCCUUGCAGGCGUUCCCACUGCCUUUCCGAAGGCCUGAGCGGACACCAAGCUGCGAUAUGUGCCAGUAUGCAAGGCAGGAGGGCACAGACUAUACAGGAUGUCACGGCUGGCGAGGGCAGCGAGUACGAUGACAGCGGCAUCGAUGGGGUGACCGUGGAGGCCGAGCACCAGUCCAGACGCUACAAGACCAUGUCGGCGUCCUUCUCCAUGUGUUCGGCAGCUGGCAGAAGCAUGUUUGCCGGAAGUGACAGUGGCAGCAGCAGCGGCGGAGGAACCAGCGAGGGCGUGCAGGGCGUCUACGAGAACUUUCGUCAGGAGUUAGAAAUGAGCUCUUGCCAGACGGAGAGCUUGGAGGAAGCGAGCUCAGCCUUGAGUGAUGAGCAAAGCACUAUGAGCUCCGCCUACCAGUCUGACGCAUUACUCAAUGUUGCCCAAGGCAUGGUGCGUAAAGCUGGUAGGCUCGCAGUCAAGAACUUUCUAGUGCACAAGAAAAACAAGAAAGUAGAGUCAGCCACAAGACGCAAGUGGAAGAGUUACUGGGUUUCCCUCAAAGGUUGCACUCUGUUCUUCUAUGAGACUGACGAUCGUUCAGGGAUUGACAACAACAGUAUUCCCAAACAUGCCAUCUGGGUAGAAAACAGUAUUGUCCAGGCUGUGCCAGAGCACCCCAAAAAGGACUUUGUGUUCUGCCUAAGCAACUCCCUGGGUGAUGCUUUUCUGUUUCAGACCUGCAGCCAGACAGAGUUGGAGAACUGGAUCACAGCCAUCCACUCAGCAUGUGCCACUGCUGUCGCCCGCCAGCACCACAGAGAGGACACGGUGCGACUCCUCCGAGCUGAGAUCAAGAAGCUGGAGCAGAAGAUCGACAUGGAUGAGAAGAUGAAAAAGAUGGGAGACAUGCAGCUGUCUGCCGUCACAGAUACCAAGAAGAGGAAGACGAUACUGGAGCAGAUCUUCUUGUGGGAGCAGAAUCUGGAGCAGUUUCACAUGGAUCUAUUCCGCUUCAGGUGCUACCUUGCCAGCCUGCAGGGAGGAGAGCUGCCCAACCCCAAACGCCUCCUGGCCUUCGCCUCGCGUCCGACCAAGCUGGCAAUGGGCCGACUGGGUAUAUUCUCAGUGUCUUCCUUCCACGCGCUGGUGGCAGCUCGCACGGAAACUGGAGUACGACGGAGAACACAGGCCAUGUCCCGUUCCUGCAGCAAACGCAAGAGCAGGUUCUCCUCCCUCUGGGGUCUAGACACUACCUCAAAGAAAAAAACAAAAGCUCAUCCCAGUAUCAACCAGGUUUUUGCUGAUGGCGAAGAGACGGUGAAAACGACUGGAGAUGGCAUAUACAUUGAUCCUACAAAGGAGCACACAAAAAGUGAAGAUGGAACUGUGAAAAGUCUUCCACGACCCAGCACUGAAAGUGACAUCUGGGUCCCUGAUCACCUCACCCCUUCUUGGGUCUGUCUGCCAAAUGACCAGCCAGUGCUAACUAUUAUCCAACCAGGGGAGUCUGCACUCUGUGUCCUAGAAACCAUUUGCAAGGCUCAUCAGCUCGAUCCCACCAAGCACUAUUUGAGACUAAAAUUCUUAAUCGAAAACCAAGUGCAAUUCUACAUUCCGAAGCCGGAGGAAGAUGUGUGUGACUUGCUUUACAAAGAAAUCGAACUCUGCUCCAAAAUAACAAAAGUAAUACAGUUUGACAGAGACGAAUCCUGUAUGAUCGGCUACGGUUUCUCCAUUUCGGUGGUGGAGGAGGACGGAGUACAACAGCUCUACAUCACUGAUGUGAAGGCGGGUGGAUUAGCCUUUGCUAAAGGUCUGAAUGCAGGGGAUGAGAUCCUUCAGCUGAACGGAAAAGAAUCUCACAGUCUGAACUUCUCUGAUAUGAAGGCGGCUUUCUCCCAGGCUUCACUGGCUUUGACCGUCAACACAUUGCCUUCGGUGGACCGCCGCCAACUCUGCUACCUACCACCGCGGCGCUCGGAUGCAGAGGAAGAUCUUUACACAGACAUCUUCUCCCAGAGUCAAGAGGAGAUCUUGGAUGAUGGCGUGGGACUGUUUCUGGAAAGUUCAGGAGACAGCUUGGAUGAUGACUCGGAAAUCUUCAACGAGGUCGACGAGUGCAGAAAGAGUACGGAGCAGGUCGCCGCUUUCUGCCGCAGUCUCCAUGACAUGAAUCCCACGGAGUGUGUGUCCUCUUCGCCGAGCCCGGACUCGCCCUUCCCACCUCCCACAACUCUCCGACAGCUCUCUGAUGCUGACAAGCUUCGCAAAGUCAUCUGUGAACUUGUGGAGACCGAACGCACCUAUGUCAAAGAUCUCAAUUGCCUCAUUGGGAGAUAUUUAACCCCCUUGCAGAAAGAGACCUUCCUAACACAGGAUGAGCUGGAUGUACUAUUUGGGAACUUGCCUGAAAUGGUGGAGUUUCAGGUUGAGUUUCUCAAAACCUUGGAAGAUGGGACCAGACUAGUUCCAGAUCUGGAGAAGCUGGAGAGAGUCGAUCAGUUCAAGAAAAUCCUUUUUUCUCUGGGAGGCUCUUUCCUUUACUAUGCAGACCGUUUUAAGAUCUACAGCGCUUUCUGUGCCAGCCACACCAAAGUCCCUAAGGUCCUCGUAAAGGCCAAAACGGAUCCAGAUUUCAAGGCCUUCCUGGAUGAGCGCAACCCCAAGCAACAGCAUUCCUCCACCCUGGAGUCUUACCUGAUCAAACCGAUCCAGAGGGUGCUGAAAUAUCCCCUCCUGCUGAAGGAGCUCUACUCACUCACAGACCCUGACAGUGAGGAGCACUACCACCUGGAUGUUGCCAUGAAAGCCAUGAACAAAGUGGCGAGCCAUAUUAAUGAGAUGCAGAAGAUCCACGAGGAGUUUGGGGCCGUGUUUGAUCAGCUUAUCACUGAGCAAAUUGGCGAAAAGAAAGAGGUUGCCGAUCUGUCCAUGGGCGACCUGCUUCUUCACACCAGUGUGACCUGGCUGAACCCUCCUGCCUCCUUAGGAAAAUGGAAGAAAGAACCCCAGAUGGCUACAUUUGUGUUUAAAACAGCAGUGGUCUUCGUGUGCAAGGAUGGGUCCAAACAGAAAAAGAAAAUGGGUGGCUCCCAUCGAGUGUCUGUUGCUUCAGAGGAAAAAGACCCUUUCAGAUUUCGUCACAUGAUUCCAACAGACGCCCUUCAAGUCAGAUCUUUGGCAAAUGCAGAUGGCGAGGGCUCUGCUGUGUGUGAAAUUGUCCACACAAAAUCAGAGUCAGAAGGAAGACCAGAAAGGACAUUUCAGUUGUGUUGUAGCUCACCAGAGAGCAGAAAAGACUUUGUGAAGACAGUCCAUUCCAUCUUGAGGGAAAAGCACCGCCGGCAGCUCCUGAAGACAGAGAGUUUACCCCUCAACCAGCAGUAUGUGCCCUUUGGAGGAAAGCGUCUUUGUGCCCUGAAGGGGGCCCGUCCUGCCAUAAAUAGAGCAGCAUCUGCACCAACCAGGACUCUUGGCAGAAGAAAGCUAGUGCGCAACCGCUUUACUAUCGACACAGACAUUGUUUUUGACGGCGAACCCGAACACGACCUCGGUUCCCCUCAGGAGCCCGACUUGAAUCGACUUCAGCAGGAAAACGAACCAGACCGCCAGCAGCAGCAGCCUGAAUUAGCAGGUGACACAGAUCGCUGGGUGGAAGAACAAUUCGACCUAGAGGAAUAUGAAGACCGGGAAGAGGUGAAAGAGACUGACAUCCUGAGCGAUGAAGAUGAUGAAUUCUGCCGGACACCCAGAGUGCCGUCCACCGAGGCCGACCUAGAGGCUCCUGUCAUGGCUUUGUCUUUAGAGGGUGAGGAAACCGAGGAGAGUGAGGACCUCAUGUCCCCAAUCGCUGGUGAAACACCUGAAGAUCCGAAGCAGACUGACACGAUCGGUGACAAUGGGGAGGGUCAAAACCAGACGGAGGAGGAUGAGAUUUGGGUAAGAAGAGAGCAAUCGGGUUUAUCUUCAGACUGUGGCACGUAAAACGGAGUAGAACAAGCAUCCAACAAGUGUCUUUGACAACUUUACAUGGGCUCCAUAAGGGUCAGUCAUCAGUCUUCACUACCAAUGCAUGGGCAUUGAUGUAUAAUCGCACAGCUAGUAGAACAUAUAUUCUUCCUUACCUUACUUAUGCUGAAUGCUUUUUGUACAGGUAAGACAACUAAUGGAGCAAUACAGGAAUACAGAAUGAGGGAGUUUAAUCCCAAAUCAAAUGCUGUUAGAUACAAGUCAAGUGUAAGCUUUGAGAAAGGAAGUGUAAUGGUACAAUCAUGGAAAUCUAAUCAGUUGCUUUGAUUGGCAUGGUUUGCACAUUUAGGCAGUGUUGUAUAUUCCUGCCUGCUGUUACCAAAUUUGGGUAUUGUGAGAACAUUUAUUUGUUUUGUCCGUGUUACUCAGAGAUAUUAUCAUAGUUAAGGGCUGUAUAUUAUUUGUCCUUACAAAAUUAGAAUAAAUAAAUGCAAAGGACAGACCUGUCUUGCAUAGUUUACUGUACUUGUACAUUUUCACGUAAAUAUACACUGACAUGUUUGGGGCCAGUUUCCUGGUUAUAUAUUAUAUGAUUUUGAUCUUGUUUUACACUUAGAGCUAUGUUUUUAUCCUGGAAAAUAUUGUGUUGUUUUCUUAUUGCGUUUAUUCAGUUAUGUAAUACCCUUAUGUCACAGAGGCAGAUGGGAUUUUAAUAACUUAACAUAAUCCUGUUUUACUUGAAUUUGCUGUUUUCAUCUUCUGUUUACUGUGAAAUCAUAUAUUGUUUUCCUUUUUAUAUCUUCAGUAUUCUAAGUCAAAGAAACUUUUCACUCAUUUUUAUCAGUUCACGUGCAUUCUUUGUUGUAGAGAAUUUGCACAUCAGUUAUUCUAAAAAUGGUCUUGUGUGUUUUAAAAGAUUGUUCACUGGAAAAUGGAUAACAAAGCAAUGUUUUUAUUUAUUUCAUAUGUAAAUUAAUUUGUUAGCAGAACUGCAUUAGUAGUCAUUUUUCAGAAAUUAAAGUCCAAAUUUGCUUAAGCAAUCAAGGGGAAAGACUUGCAGGAUGCCUGAACAGUGAAAGAAGUCAUACUUGUAAACAACUCAUAGUGCUACUAAGACUGCAUUUUUAUUACUGUGUGUAUAUAGAAAAAUGUAUUGAUAUCAUAAUAAAUAUGGUUGUUUCCUACUUAUAA